UUUAGGACACGGGACCCAGAACCAGAUGGUCCGGAGGAGACGCGCCAGCCCCCGCCGCAGCUGCCGGAGCGGUGAAGCCCCGCCGCGCCGCAGGGACUGAUCCAGCCCGGGUGGGCAGCGCCGCGGGGCCGUGCCCACGCCAGGGACUGCGGCAGGGUCUGGAGCCCCCCACCCCGACGGCGGCAGCUUGACCCUCUGCCGGGGGGGGCCCCCUGCGUCGUUUCCUCCUCCCCGCAUCCCCCUUUGCUUUAAUGCAACGCCUGGUGGCCUGGGACGCAGCAUGCCUCCCCAUCCAGCCGCCCGCCUUUAAAUCCAUGGAAGUGGCUAAUUUCUAUUACGAGGCGGACUGUCUGGCUGCUCUCAACAAGCUGCACCCGCGGGCGGCCGGGGGCCGCUCCAUGACCGAGCUCACCGUCGGGGACCACGAGCGAGCCAUCGACUUCAGCCCGUACCUGGAGCCCUUGGCAUCGCAGCCGCCGCCUCCCGCGGCAGCAGCAGGGGGCAACUUUGAGCCUCCGUGCAGCAGCGGCGCCGGCCAAGAUUUCCUUUCCGAUCUCUUCGCCGAGGACUAUAAAGGCAGCGGCGGCAGCAAGAAGCCCGACUACACCUACAUCAGCCUCGGCCGGCACAGCCACCCCUGCGCCAGCCAGAGCCACAAGCCGGGGGGGCUGCCGGGCUGCUUCCCGCCCCAGAUCGUGGAAACCAAAGUGGAGCCGGUCUUCGAGACCCUGGACUCUUGCAAAGGGCCCCGUAAGGAAGAAGGGGGCGCCGGGCCGGGACCGGGGGGCAUGUCCUCGCCCUACGGCAGCACCGUGCGCUCCUACCUGGGUUACCAGUCGGUGCCGAGCGGCAGCAGCGGGAACCUGUCCACCUCGUCCUCCUCCAGCCCCCCCGGCACCCCCAACCCCUCCGAGUCCUCCAAGUCCGCCGCUGCCGGCGGAGGCUACUCCGCCGCCCCGGCGGGCAAGAACAAGCCCAAGAAGUGCGUGGACAAGCACAGCGACGAGUACAAGCUCCGCCGGGAGAGGAACAACAUCGCGGUGCGCAAGAGCCGCGACAAAGCCAAAAUGCGCAACCUGGAGACGCAGCACAAAGUCUUGGAACUGACGGCCGAGAACGAGCGGCUGCAGAAGAAGGUGGAGCAGCUCUCCCGGGAGCUGAGCACCCUCAGGAACUUGUUCAAACAGCUGCCCGAGCCACUGCUCGCCUCCUCGCCUCGCUGCUGACCCCCGGCCGGGCGGCGGGGCGAGCGGAGCCGCCGGUUCCCGGACCCGCUCCGCGCUCCCGGGGCCGGGGCGAGGGGGGGCGAGAGCCCGCGGCGGGCGGGCGGGCGGGGUUGGUUUUAAUUUGUGUUGUUGCUGUUGGAUUAUUUUUGUUGUGUGUGUGUGUCUUUACAGACAUGUUGGCGGAAGGCUCCGCCGCCGCGCGGGUUCUGAGCGGGGUCCGGGGGCUGCGGGGGCGGGCGGCGCGGGGGGACCCCGGCCCCGGCCCCGGGCGGGCUCUGCAGGCUGCUGGGCGCUGGGGUUAUUUAAAAGAGCGAGAGGAGAGCAAGGGCAAAGUGAUGCAAUCCUUUAAGCAUGGCUGGGAAUGCUGUGUACAUGAUGCAAUCUCGUGUAACUGUCAGUCAUGGAUUGAGUAAUCUGUUAAAGAUGUUCUUACAGUUUUUUUUAUUAUAAAGAAUAAUCUAUUUCUAUAAGAAAAUACAUAUGUAUAUUUUGGGAUCUAUGCAUUCUUGCUACAUUUGAAGCAUUAAUGAACAAUUUUAAUAAACUUUAUGACUAGGUUAAAAAAAAGUAGCUUGUUUUAUUUUGAAGGCACGUUUAAAGUUAGAUUAAACACAGGGUUGAAAUUCCAGCUGAUCUGGCUCAUUGCUGUGAUCAGGGAUAGGGAUUUUUGUUGGUCUUUUAGCUUUCUCUGACGCAGAGAAAGGAAAAGAACCAACCAAAACCCCCAAGAGAAACCCAGCAAAGAGCAGAGCUGGAAGCUUUAGCCAGUUCUUGUUGCCUCAUUUUGUUUCCUUUAAUCACUUGGUUUAGCUGCCGCUUGGGUGUUGUUUGGGGAGGAGGUGUUUGUGUUGGGGUUUUUUUUGCACUUCAUGCUGUUCUGAACGUGUAGAGCAAGAUGUGCUAUCCAAACCAUGACCAAUCCUUGGCAAAUAACACCAAGUCUGAAGUGGGAGGGAGGAAGAAAAAGGGAGGAAACUUUAAAUGAGUUUUUGUUUGUGUUUGGGUUUUUUUUUUCUUUACAGAGUUUCUAUUCUCUAUGAUUCAGCAUUUCUUAUGUUUGUAGUUUACAGGAAUAAACAUGAGAAAGUAGCAUUUCUGUUGGAUGUCGGUAAUUUUGGUCGUUGCUCAGGAAGCUCCCAUGAGACCCCGCCAGAUCAGAGCCUCCUGCGGGUCCAUCAGCUGGAGCUCUCCCUGGCAUUUGUUACACAUUCCCUGCGCCCCCAGGAGCCGUGCCGUCGUGAGCAGGGCAGUGUUGGUCCUGGUACAGAUUUCCCCCCUUUGUUUUUUAAUUUGUACAGUGCAGUUCAGCUGUUUUUAUGAGACCCCAAAAUAGAUUUUCUUGGGUGAGCUCCUGCACCAGCAUGACUCAAGUCCUUGCAGGCAAGAUCGACGUUAGAUCUUGUCUUGACUGUCCCUCGUGACGGUGAUUACUCCAGCCUCCCGUGGCUGUUUAUUCUACUAUUCGUAUAGUUACGAAACUUAUCCACAUCGUUAGAUCCCAUUUUCUUGUUGUGCUGUAGGCCAUGCAAUGUUACCCAAAGUUACAAGCAGUGUUCCCAGUCAGAGCCCAGUGCUGCUGAAGGUGGAACUGCUGGAAGACUUAAGAUGUCCUCAACUACCUUUCUUGCUUUCUUUCUUGCUUUCUUUCUUGCUUUCUUUCUUGCUUUCUUUCUUGCUUUAUUUCUUGCUUUAUUUCUUGCUUGCUUUCUUUCUUGCUUGCUUGCUUUCUUGCUUGCUUGCUUUCUUGCUUGCUUGCUUUCUUGCUUGCUUGCUUUCUUUCUUGCUUUCUCACUUGCUUUCUUAACAAUAAAGCUUCCAACAAGAGUUCAGUUUGUGGGGGCUGGAAGGCAGGGUAGAUUAAAAGAUAAGAUGUACCGAAGGUAUUUAUAUCUGUUUAAAUAAUAGUCCAGUUUUGGAGAUAGAGCUCUACCAGGCAUGAAGGAGCUAAUCCCCAUCCUUAGACUCUGCCUGCCACGGCGCAGGAGAGCCAGGGCGGUGUUGCUGCAAUUUAAAGAAUGAUGUUUAAAUUACUGCUCUAUUCCAAUGUAUCUCCUAAUUAGGAUUACAGAUUUCUCCUUCAGGAGGAACCUUGUGCAACAACGAUUUUUUUGUCAGAAAGAUGCAGUUACAGACAGGAAAACUGAGGACACAAAUGCACCAAUUUUACACCAGUCUCACAAGGAAUCUGUGAAGGAGUCAGAAGGAGAAUUCCCGAAUCCUUCAUUCUUAAUCUUGUAUUACCCUCAUAACUUACAUUGUAGGAGCUUUGUAGCGCAUGGAGGUCAUGAAAUACCCCACUUUCUAAACCAGCAUGUGAAAAAGCCCCUGUAAUUAAAACAUCUCCUAGAAAAAAAUAGUAUGGAAAAAGUAGUUGGGAAAUGAAUCUGAGAAAAUUCCAAGCAUAAAGUAGACAAAAGAUUCCAAAUACCUAUUCUAAUUGCAGUGGGGGAAUUGGAAAAUCCCUGUCCAAACAGUGGCUCAGCUCCAAAUAUUGAUUUAUUUUCCUAUAACAAAUAAGAUUCUGCUGGCCAAGAGCAGGACUUGGGACGUCUGGGCUGGUCUCUGACAGGGUCUCCUGAGCUGCUCUUCCCAAAACCACUCAGGACAGCUUGUGGUAGGAUUGUGCAGUCCAUGUGCAGGCAAACCAUGCAGAGAAGUGCAGGCACCAGAAGAUCUGUUUUGAGUUUUACGAAAGUUUUUAAACAGCAUUUCAUUUGGGCUUUUUAUUUCUUUUUUUCUUUCUUUUCAAAUGAUGUGUUACACUGGCUGAUUUCUACAGGUCCUUCUUAUUGCUACUAAAAUAACAAGAGUAGAAAUCAGUCUGUAAUAUCAAAUCCCUGGCACUGACAUCCCUGUUCCAAAGCACCUGGCACUGGUUCAUAAGGUGUUUAUAAUUCAGUUGUACUUAGUUCUUCAAAAGGAAUCAUAUGUAGCAUUUAUAAAAUAUAUUUAAGAAUACAGUUAUAGGUUUUUUAGUGGUUCUUCAAAUUAUGACUCUCUGCUUAUCUGCCCAGAGUGUGUGUAACCCCAUGCAGCUCUCACACCGUGGUGUUGCUUUCCCACUGUUCCCACAGCCUUCCAUUGGUGACUCUGGGAAGAUGCAAGAAAAAUGAUGUGUCUUUCUAUACUAAUUGUUCCUCCUCUGUCAAAGAAAAUCACCCAAAUUGCACCCAAGGGCUGCUGGAUGGGAGACUUGAUUACAUUUGAUAACAGUGUGGUUUCUCCUCACUGAAAUCCUGUAAUAGCCCGAAAUUAGAGCCUGAAAAAAGCUUUGUGCACAAAGUUUACCUUUGCAGUUGAACUGUGAGAACAACUGUCAUUGAUGUGGGUGUGUGUAAAAACAUGAAGUUACUCUCACACUGGUUUUCAAGCAAUGUUUCGUUAGCUGUGACCAGAAUUAAAGUCAGUGCAACUCUGUAUCUGCUUUAAUAAAGAGAAAAGCUGUAUAUGAGGCCAAAUUA